AUGGAAAGCAGCGUCGCUGUUUGGCACAAUGGAAAGAGCAGUUGGUCCGUCGUCGGCCGUGCCGGCGACCGCUGGGGCUCGGGCUGCCAGUCAGCGGUGCUGGUGGCAAAAGCGCUGCUUGGCACAAAGCAGCCCGCGCAAGCGAGCAAACUUCGUACCACUUGGACAGACGGGUCGGGCGGGUCCAUGUCCUCCAUGCUGCGGCGUCGGGUGGGCUUUAGCGCGAUCCUCUGGGCGCAGAUAACCGUCGAUUCGGCAGACGCAGGCCAGACGAUGUCGAACAGCGGCUUCUCGCCGCUGGUUUGCCUCGGCACCGCCGCCACGGGGCUGCUGCUCCUCGCCUAUCAGCUCCAGCCGGCGCCGGCGCCGCAGGUGCAGCGUGCUCCCGCAGCCCUCGGCGCGACAGCCAAGGCACGGCCAUCCAGCAUGCAGUCAGCAGCGACCGCCUUGCCGGUCGGGUCUCCGCCGCCGAUUGGCGCCGCCGGGCUCUCCGCCUCGUACCGCGACCACCUCAGCGACUCCGCGCUCGCAGAGCCCGACACACUGGCUCGCGCCGUCGCGGCGUCUGCCGCCGACGGCGAGGUGAUGCUGCUGUGCGUGGGCGGGUCGGGCGCGAUGCGGACGGGGCUCAACCUUGUGCUCAACUUCCGUGCGAUGGGCCUCUACCACAUGCUCGUCCUCGCCCUCGAACGCGACGUCUGCACCUCCCUCUGGGACGCCCUCCCCUCGCUGGCCUGCGUGUGGUGGCCGCGCCGGCUCGAGGCGCCCAGGCCGGCGUCGCUCUACAACACAAUGUUCAACAAGGUUGCGCUCGCCUUCUUCGAGGCUCGCAAGGUGCUGCUCGAGCGGCUCGUGGUGAAGCACCGCCUCAACGUCCUCCAUCUCGACGCGGACACGAUCUGGUUCGCCAACCCUUACCCCGUCCUCAAGACGGUCUACCGCGACCACGCCAUCGUCGUUCAGGCCGACAACCCCUUCGCCAACGCCGGCCUCCUGUGGGCGCAGAGGGGGGCUAAGUACGAACGCCUAGCCGACUCGGAGCGUUCAACACGCGUUAGGCAUUCUGCGUGGGUGCUCGAGGAGCUCAACCGGCGCAUCGACCGGUUCACCUAUCGGCCAGAGUCCGCCAACCUGAACGACAUCAUCGCGUCGUCUCUCAACGGCGCCCCCACGUUUGCGGCCGGCGUCGAGUUCUACGAGGCCCGCUUCAAGAAAGACAAGGGGUCGCAGGAGGCGGCCAAGCGGAUGCAGGACGGCCGAUAUCGACGCGCAAGCGCAGCCGCGCGGCAAUACUACCCUACCAACCCGGCGCCCGCCGCGUCGCUGCUUCUCGCGCCCGAGUGGCUCUUCUCUCACUUUCCGUACGGCAUCUUCUUCCCGGCACCCAACGGGCCGACGCUGCUCAAGCGGCGCCUCCUCGCGGCGGCCGGCUGGCGGGUGAUCAGCGUUCCAUUCUUCGAGUGGGACGCCUUGCCGACGGCCAGCGAGCGACAAACCUACCUGGAGAGGGCGGUCGCCCUGUCGGAGUAA